CACCGCACAAACUCGUUUGCCACUCAGAGUCUGCACUGUCCCGUCUGCCUCUUUUCCGUGUGCACCCAUGACCACCCCCAGCACAACCUCGUCUGGCGUCGCCACCCCGCCCGUUCCUCAGGGCGCGGGAAACCCCACCGGCACGCCUGUCCUUGCUCCCACCCGCUCGACCCAGGCCAAGGACGGCGGAAGCAGCAGUGGUAGCCUGGGCACCUUCGGAGUCAAGUCCGGGCUUGCCCAAAUGCUGAAGGGUGGGGUCAUUAUGGAUGUCAUCAAUGCAGAGCAGGCGCGUAUAGCUGAGGAAGCCGGGGCCUGCGCGGUCAUGGCUUUGGAACGAGUUCCCGCAGACAUCCGUGCGAAUGGCGGUGUUGCACGUAUGAGUGAUCCCAAAAUGAUCAAGGAGAUUGUCGAUGCCGUGACCAUCCCCGUCAUGGCGAAGGUCCGCAUAGGACAUUUCGUCGAGGCUCAGAUCCUCCAAGCCAUCGGCAUUGACUACAUCGACGAGUCUGAGGUGCUCUCGCCCGCGGACGAGGAGCAUCACAUCAACAAGCACGCCUAUAAGGUGCCCUUCGUAUGUGGCGCGCGCAACCUCGGCGAGGCGCUCCGCCGCAUUUCCGAGGGCGCGGCGUUCAUCCGCACCAAGGGCGAGGCUGGCACGGGUAACGUCGUUGAGGCCGUGCGCCACCAGCGUGCAGUCAUGAGCGAAAUCCGCAAGGCGAGCGUGAUGAGCGAGGAGGAGCUGUAUGCCUACGCCAAGGAUAUCCAGGCGCCGUUCCAUCUGCUCAAGGAGACCGCACGAACGAAGCGGCUGCCGGUGGUUAAUUUCGCCGCGGGCGGUAUUGCGACCCCUGCCGAUGCUGCCUUGAUGAUGCAGCUCGGUUGCGACGGAGUCUUUGUCGGAUCAGGUAUCUUCCAUGUAAGUUCUGGCGACCCUGCCAAACGUGCACGGGCUAUUGUGCAGGCGGUAACCCACCACAACAAUCCCAAGAUACUUGCAGAGAUUUCAGAAGAUAUCGGCGAGGCCAUGGUCGGGAUCACGAUCACGGAUGAGAUGAAGGGUGGCAGGAUGGCAUCCCGAGGCUGGUGAAAAAGGGCGCAAAUCGCUUGGACUGCGGCCCAAUGAUCAAUUGUGCAGUCCGAAACAUUGUAGAAAAUUUUUGUAUCACUACUGGGAGAUGUGAUGUGUCCUACUACACACAGGGAUCUCGUUCCCAGCAA